UCCGCGGACUCUACGACUCACGCGGGCUAUGCCGCUCUCCUGCCGCCGCGGCGGCCGCGGUGCCGGGCCGCGCGGCGAGACCGAAUCCCUGCAGCGCGGGCAGGCGGCGUCGCAGAGCCCAGCCAUCCAGACGCGCCAGGACUCCCAACUCCUGCAGGUGCGUUUCACUUUACAGCAUCUGCUUUGACUUGAACAACCAGAGGGCCGCGUUCUUCUCUUCCUUGAGGCACUAAAUGCCAGUACGAAUCCCAUACUCCAGCAAGGGAAGAAGGGAGGAGCUUCUUGGAUGACAAUGGACGUUCCACUGUGCAGGAUGAGGGCAGAGUGUGUGACAUCACCACCACGAGGGUUCAGCGCCGUCUUCUGUGUCUCCCUUCGCGGCCAGCACUCUGCCUUCUCAAUCCAUCAUGGUGUUUGGUGAGUUUUUCCAUCGCCCUGGACAAGACGAGGAACUUGUCAACCUGAACGUGGGGGGCUUUAAGCAGUCUGUGGACCAGAGUACACUCCUGCGGUUUCCUCACACAAGACUGGGGAGGCUGCUUACCUGCCACUCUGAAGAGGCCAUUCUGGAGCUGUGCGAUGACUACAGCGUGGCCGAUAAAGAGUAUUACUUUGAUCGGAACCCCUCCCUGUUCAGAUACGUCUUGAACUUUUAUUACACAGGGAAGCUGCAUGUCAUGGAGGAGCUGUGUGUGUUUUCCUUCUGCCAGGAGAUAGAGUACUGGGGCAUCAACGAACUCUUUAUUGACUCCUGCUGCAGCAGCCGGUACCAGGAGCGCAAGGAGGAGAGCCACGGGAAGGACUGGGACCAGAGGAGCAAUGACGUGAGCACGGACUCAUCCUUCGAGGAAUCCUCUCUGUUUGAGAAGGAGCUGGAGAAGUUUGAUGAGCUGAGAUUCGGUCAGCUCCGAAAGAAAAUCUGGAUCCGGAUGGAAAACCCAGCUUACUGCCUGUCGGCCAAGCUCAUCGCCAUCUCGUCCUUGAGCGUGGUGCUGGCCUCCAUUGUGGCCAUGUGCGUGCACAGCAUGUCGGAGUUCCAGAACGAGGACGGGGAAGUGGAUGACCCAGUGCUGGAAGGCGUAGAGGUCGCAUGCAUUGCGUGGUUCACGGGUGAGCUGGCCGUCCGGUUGGUUGCUGCUCCCUCACAAAAGAAGUUCUGGAAAAACCCUCUGAACAUCAUUGACUUUGUCUCCAUUAUUCCCUUCUAUGCCACUUUGGCUGUGGACACCAAGGAGGAAGAGAGUGAGGACAUUGAGAAUAUGGGCAAGGUGGUCCAGAUCCUUCGGCUUAUGAGGAUUUUCCGAAUUCUGAAGCUCGCGCGGCACUCCGUAGGGCUUCGGUCUCUCGGGGCUACGCUGAGGCACAGUUACCACGAGGUGGGGCUCCUGCUUCUCUUCCUUUCGGUGGGGAUCUCCAUCUUCUCUGUGCUUAUCUACUCUGUGGAGAAAGAUGAACCCGCAUCCAGUCUCACCAGCAUCCCCAUCUGCUGGUGGUGGGCCACUAUCAGUAUGACCACCGUGGGCUAUGGAGACACCCACCCGGUCUCCUUAGCUGGGAAGAUCAUUGCAAGUACAUGUAUUAUCUGUGGCAUCUUGGUAGUAGCCCUUCCUAUCACCAUCAUCUUCAACAAGUUUUCCAAGUACUACCAGAAGCAGAAGGACAUGGAUGUGGACCAGUGCAGUGAGGACCCGCCAGAGAAGUGCCAUGAGCUACCUUACUUUAACAUUAGGGACGUUUAUGCACAGCAGGUACAUGCCUUCAUCACCAGUCUGUCUUCCAUUGGCAUCGUGGUCAGCGAUCCUGACUCCACAGAUGCUUCGAGCGUCGACGACAACGAGGAUGUUUACAACACCGCGUCCCUGGAGAACUGUACUGCAAAGUGAGCAGGGGGGGGGGGGCAUCUGCACAGAUAUCUUGUGUCCCUUCCUGACAUUAGGUUAACAGAGCUUUAUGAACCUCAGUGGGUUUGUUCAAAGAAAUCAUUUAAUUCUCAGGGUGUACCUUUUAGCCAUAGUUGGACAUUCAUUGCUGAAUUCUGAAAUGAUAGAAUUAUCUUUAUUUUUUCAGUGAGGUCAAUUAAAUGCCUUGUUCUGAAAUUUAUUUUUUACAAGAGAGAGUUGUAAUAUGGAUUUUUUUUUGGAGG